ACGUCUGAAAACGGAAAGCAGACAAGAGCACCAUAUAUAAAGCCUGUCGAUCGACCUCCUUAGCCAUUCAGUCUGGUAUCUGGCAAGCUCCCUGCUCUUACUACUCUAAAGCUCUGUUCUCCAUAUCCUAUUCGUCAUGAUUUUUACGAAGUUGGAAAGUAUCGUUUUACUGGCGGUGUUUUGUCUUCUACCAAUCAUCUAUGCGGGCCCGAUUCCUUCUUCCGCUGAAUUAAGUAGCAGCCGUUCAUCUGGACGGAAGACGCAGCAACGAUUUACACGAGACUAUCACGAUCAAGACACGACUGAUGUAGCAGAUCUUUUAGCAACUACAGUUGAACCUCAGUUGCCAACAGAUGAAGACUUGUCUCUGGUACAAGAGGAUGACAGGAACCAUCUGGUGAACCCUGUUCCUCAUGUAGCAACAGAAUCUGCAUCACCAUCAACACCUGUUGAAACUUCUUCUCCAGAAGCUGUUUUGUUUUACCCUUCCGUGCCCGUCGAUCAACCCAAAUAUCGCCCAGCUACCCACUACGCUCCUCCAGUUGAAAGUCAUCCUUCUAGAGGUGGCAAGGUAAGCACUUCCAGUCGUCCGUUUGGAUUGGGUGUACCCAAACUGAGGCAGCUUGGCUUCCCUCCCAUAUCUAACACACGAGAAAAUGUGGGUCAACAAGUCAAUUGGGAAGCUAAAAUUGGUCGUUCUCAUGGUUCAUUUCAUGAAUUUCUUUUGGCUUAAUCCGUUGGAAAAGCCAUCGAUUGUUUAGUUGUUAAACAUGGACUUGAAUCAAACAAUUAGCUGAUGACGAUUGCUGAGCUUUCGUCUUUUGUAAUCUAUACGAACAUGAUAUCCUACCAAUAUACGAAACAAUAAACCAAAGAAUAUCAAAA